AUGAGCCUACAUGACGUUGGCUAUCACAUCGCGUUACCCGAAGACGUUCAAGAUACGCAGACAUCGCCGCCGACUUUGACUCCCGCCCAGGUAUUCAGGAACGGCGGCAUCCAACGCCUGGAUGAGAACAGGCUACCCGACUUACUCAAUGUUUCCACCGACCUUGAUGAGGUGCUUCGUCUAGCCGCGAACCGUCCAAGCGGGCAGCCCCAGGGUGCGUGGGUCUACCGAGUGGCCACGGGGCCUCACAUGAUCAACCUGGCUUCCAACGUGUACGGCGGCCAGGGGCCGAGACAUUAUUGGACCGUUGGGGCCUUGCUCUGGUCGCAAAUUAUCGCCUUUGCUGUCACGACCGGGUCAGAUAGCGCGGAGGACCUGGUGUGGCAGUCCAACCACGAAUAUGACAGGGCUUGGGAGGCAUUCGGAGCCAGCCCGUGGCAGCCGCUGUUUGGAGCUCUUGGGCAGGACAGAAGGGCGCAGGCGAGGGCAUUCUAUGAGUUUGCCAGCGAUGACACCGACCCUUACGGCGAGUUUCUUGACGAACUGACGACUGACGCGAACCCAAUGCUUGAUAUCGAAUCGCGUCUUGUUCUUCGCGCACUGCUCGACUGGGACCGGGCCCAGUUCCCCGACCGCAACUUUCCCUUGGCUAGCGUCCAGCGUCCCCUUACAACCAUCACAAUGUCGGCGCUGGGGAUAGAUUGGAGUGGAUGGGACAUCCCGCUGCGCACCCGGCUGAUCAUGCAGGGGGGACUCCCGGGCGAACGCCAGAUCGGCGAGGUUCUCAGAUUCAUCGCGGGCUCGCAGUACUCGGGCGCCAGGGUCCAGUCAAGGAUGGACGGCGCCGAAAGCGCAGGCAAGUGA